CGAUAUGUUUUGUUUUAUGAACCUGAAGAUGCGCAUUCUACAGACAACCGUUGUCAAAUUGGGCGACCUACAAACACAUUAUUUCUCGUAUUUGUCUUAUAGAGUGGGAUGUUUUGUUAAUGCUGUGAUGUGCUGUUUCGACUAAGGCUAUGGCUACUUUUAAACAUCGAGAACAUCCUCCCAAUCACGGUACUGAUAACCUCGUGGUUGCUAAGGUUUCGGCGAAUGACAACGAUGAUAAAGUGAGAGUGAUGUUGUGUUCGACCUGCCUUCUCGGUGCGUAACGAUGCGGUGCAGAAAACAUCUGACAGCGUCUCAAGAAGGCCGCCAGUUCUUCAAGCUUUUUGGCAAACUUAAGUCAGGUGCACGGGUUGUGGUAUUGAGCUCAACCCAGAGUUCUCUUGUAUUAGUGUCGGCGCACACGUAACGAGAGAAGAUAAAAUAGAUCUCUCGCACAAGUCGUUUAACAUGAUGAUCAGUGCAGUGAGAGCAUAUCUCUCGCUCGCUCCAGCAUUCAGUGUGCGUUGCCUGUCAACGAUAAUGCGAGCAAGAGUGUCUCCACAUCUAAAUUAUCCAGAAGCAUCCGUCUAUACCAGUUCUUUGUCGAAUACGCCUCGUGAGGGAUAUAGCAAUAAGUCCUGUUUUAGUUCGGCAUCGCGAAAAUCUUCCUCGAAGAUGGCUGGAAAUGCAAAACUAUUGCAUGAGACCUUGUGGGAUCAAGAUCCGGAGCUUAUGGAUUUGAUAAGAAAGGAAAAGACGCGUCAGAUCAGAGGUUUAGAGAUGAUUGCAAGCGAAAACUUUACUUCUCUCUCUGUGCUGCAGUGUCUCAGCUCCUGUUUGCAUAACAAAUAUUCAGAAGGUUUGCCUGGCCAACGUUACUAUGGAGGUAAUGAAUUUAUUGACCAAAUAGAGCUUUUGGCUCAAAAACGUGCCCUCGAAGCUUAUCGGUUAAGCCCCGAGGAAUGGGGUUGCAACGUUCAACCGUAUUCUGGUUCACCAGCAAAUUUUGCUGUGUACACUGCUCUUAUUGAACCGCACGGACGUAUCAUGGGCCUUGAUCUACCCGACGGUGGUCAUUUAACCCACGGUUUCAUGACUCAAACGAAAAAAAUAUCUGCUACAUCAAUCUUCUUCGAAAGCAUGCCAUAUAAAGUCGAUCCAGUUACUGGGUUGAUCGAUUACGACAAGAUGGAGGAGACAGCGCGCCUCUUCAAACCGAAAGUUAUUAUUGCUGGUAUUUCGUGCUACUCGCGUUGUCUGGACUACAAAAGGUUCCGGGAAAUUGCCAACCAAAAUGGUGCAUAUUUGUUCGCAGAUAUGGCACAUAUUUCUGGGCUAGUUGCGGCCGGAGUGAUUCCGUCGCCAUUCGAAUAUGCGGAUGUUGUUAGUACCACAACGCAUAAGACAUUACGUGGCCCCCGUGCAGGAGUAAUCUUCUUCCGGAAAGGCGUGCGCACAGUGAAGGCAAACGGCGAAAAGGUAAUGUAUGAUUUGGAAUCACGUAUCAAUCAGGCCGUGUUCCCUGGCCUGCAAGGUGGUCCGCACAAUCAUGCUAUCGCAGGUAUCGCCACCUGUAUGUUGCAAGCGCAAAGCCCAGAAUUCCGCGCCUACCAGGAACAGGUGAUAAAAAACGCACGCGCCCUUUGUGCUGGACUGCUUGAGAAAGGAUAUUCUGUAGCGACGGGUGGUACAGAUGUGCAUUUGGUGUUGGUAGAUUUACGCCCAGUUGCUAUUACGGGUGCCCGUGCCGAGUACAUCUUAGAGGAAAUCUCCAUAGCAUGCAACAAAAAUACUGUUCCAGGUGAUAAAUCUGCCUUAAAUCCAUCUGGCAUUCGGCUAGGAACUCCGGCACUUACGACGCGCGGUCUUUUUGAGAAAGAUAUGCAACAGGUAGUGGAAUUUAUCGAUCGUGGAUUACGUCUAUCGAAGGAAAUCGCCAAUGUCUCUGGUCCGAAACUGUCUGACUUUAAGCGUAUAUUACACGAAGACUCCACGUUUAGUGAAAAAGUGAACAAUCUGCGCAAGGAAGUGGAACAGUACAGUGAACAAUUCCCUCUGCCUGGUUAUGCAGACUUCUAACACAAAAUUUCAAUAAAAAUUUUAUAAGAUUUAAAAAAAAAA